AUGACGACGAGGGAGCCGCACGAGGCGUCCCGGCGCGACGGGCGCGACUCGCACGGUAGGCGCCCCCACUCCUCGUCCAGGUCGCGGAGGGAUGAUCCCAGCCCAAGGAGAAGAAGAGAUGACAGGAGGCGUGAAUCGGACAGGUCGCACUACAGAAGUCGAGAUGAAGAGUCUGCGGAGGUGGCGGACCAUGAUCAGAAGCGGAACAGAGAUAUUGCGCAGGGCGAUGAUCCUCCGAAUGCUGAGUCGAAGCCAGCGAGUGAUGUGAAGAAUGGCCCCUCCACCAGGCAUGAGAGAUCACCUAGGGGAACCAAACGAUUUUCUGAGUCGAGAGAGGCAUGGCGGCCUCGGUCUUUCUUUCAGCACAAUGAGCGUGGAAGUGCUGGGCAAGGUGGUCAGCACUAUGACCGCCAGGCUAGUGACUAUGGAAGGCAAAGGGAGCAUCUCUCUGAUAGAGAUAAACAGAAGACCGAGGGACACAGUUUGCAAGGAAAGGUUGAGCUGGACCAGCAAAAGAAGGAUGGUGAUUCAACAUGGAAGCAUGAUGGAUUUUUCCAAUUGGAGGAAGAAGCACCCCUUGCCAAGAAGAGGCCACCAUUUCAGGAGAUGAAGAUACAAGAAUCUGCUGCCACUGUAACAGAACCAGAUUCUAGAUCAAGGAAACUUGAUCAGCCUGGACUAACUUCUGCAAUGAGAGAAGAAAGGAGAAAUUAUAACGCACGAGGAUUUGGAAAUCAUCGACCGUUCCUAAGGCCAGAUGAUCGAGGCUUCAGAAGGGGGUUUCCUGACCACAGGAGUGAUGGCCAGAGAAAUGGGUAUGAUUCAAGUGGAAGAUUUCCUGGUAGGGGAGGAAUGGACAGAGACAGGUUUAACAACCCAUAUGGUGGGAGAAGCAACGUAGAGCAGGCUUCUGGUGAUCAAGAAGAAAAAUGGAAGCAUGACCUCUAUGAUCAGACAAACAGGAGCCCGCCUCCAAAGACUGAGGAAGAGCAGAUUGCAAAAGUUGAAGCGCUGUUGGCACUGUAG